AUGGUUAAGGGGAAGAAGAAUUCAAACUCGUCGAUACUCAAGAAAUUGGAGGGAUAUUUAUUGAUGAAGAAAGGAAGUCGAACAAUGAUGUUGUCCAAGAGCAAAUCAUGGCAUAGUAGUACCAAAGCAAAGAGUCCAGUAGUACUAGCACCGCAAGGCUGUUUUUGUGUAUAUGUUGGGCCAGAGAAAGAGAAGUUUACAAUCAAGGCCAAAUAUGCAAACCAUCCAUUGUUCAAGAUGUUGCUUGAAGAUGCUGAAAUGGAAUAUGGUUAUUGUAGCCAAGGACCUAUUUUGCUACCUUGUGAUGUUAAUCUAUUUCACAAAAUAUUGGGUCAGAUGGAUAGUGAGAAAGAGAUUAAUAGGCCUGGGUGUGGGCUUGCCUCAUGCAGCCCAUUUAGUCCAGCUAGGGUGUUGGGACAUGGAGAAAUGGGCAAGGGUUAUGGCUCUUAUGGGCUUCUCACUACACCAAGAAUGCUCAAGCUCAAUAGUUGUAACUUCUAA